AUUGACUGAGCUGGUGUCUAAAAUGAAGGAUAUGCAGAUGGAUAAGACAGAACUAGGCUGCCUUAGAGCCAUCGUCCUCUUCAACCCUGAUUCCAAAGGCUUGUCCAACCCAGCAGAGGUAGAGGCACUGAGGGAGAAAGUUUACGCCUCACUGGAGACCUAUACUAAACAGAAAUAUCCUGACCAGCCUGGCAGGUUUGCUAAACUUUUGUUGCGUCUUCCUGCCCUCCGAUCCAUUGGACUUAAGUGUUUGGAGCACCUAUUUUUCUUUAAGCUGAUUGGAGACACACCCAUAGACACUUUCUUAAUGGAGAUGCUCGAAGCACCUCAUCAGAUCACGUGACAUGAGUUCCAACGGACCAUUUUUUGUACAUAUUCUUAUGUAACUAAUAUAAUAAUAACGAACUUGAUUGAAGAUAUUGCAGUUUGCUACAUAUUUUUAACCAUGCACAAAUUAUUAUUCUUUAAAAAAAUACUGGCAGGGGAAAAAGAGGAGCAAGUCUGAAAAUAUACAGAUGAAAUAAAUUUUAUUGGUAUGGUUUUGAAAAGAAAUGUUGUGAAUGUAAAUAGCUAAUAUCGGGUAUCCACUGUUGCAAGACAGUGCAUUAAAGAAAAAUUGUUUUAUUCAAUAUUAUUCAAGGAAUGUUUAUCAAACCCAAACAAUAAUUUCUAAAAUGAAGUUUAGAAUUCUGUUCAAAUAAAUAUUUAUAUAAAUAUUUAAAUA